AUGCUAAGCUCCUUCGAGGGAGGCCUCCAAAGAGAUGGGGGUGAUGUGUACGUUGUAUGGAUGGAGCAGCUAGCAGCUCAUGCACUGAAGACGGGCCAGCUGUACGACUCAGCAGACACGAAACAUCCGUACCCCGGACCAGCUGGAAAUACCGUUGCUGAUGCUACUGCACGACAACCAUGCUGUCGAAGUCAAAAUCUACACGCAGCAAAAUCGGGAGUUGUCCGCUGCGAUCAGAGAAAACCGACCGAGGCGUGCCGCUGUUCAUCUCCUUCAUGA